UUCCGAUUUGGAAGGAGUCUGUGGCGAGUUUUUAAAUCCCAAGUGAAAAGAAUGAAAAGCUACUGACACUAACCGCUGACGCCCUUUUUGAAUGUGGUUUAGUGAUAACCUUGAUGAAUGCUGACUUAGAGGGCAGACGACCAAGAUCAGAGAGGCGCCUGAGUUCAUUUCUUCUUUGCACAGGGCUGAAAACAGCUGCUAUGGAGCCAGAUCAGGAAAUGGUGACAUUUGAGGACGUAGCUGUGCACUUCACCUUGGAGGAAUGGGCGUUGCUGGAUCCAGGCCAAAGAGAUCUCUACUGGGAGGUCAUGCUGGAGAAUUAUGAGAUGGUGGCUUCUUUGCGAGGACAUCCGAGUUCUAAAUCGGAUUUCACCUCCUGGUUGCCAAGAAAAGACCUCUUUAUCCAGGGCUCUGCAGAAGAAGACAGACCAGCAGAUGAUGGGAACGUCAGAGAGCUCCGAAUUCAACAGGAAAGUCCUGUCUCAGAAGAAUAUAUGGAAGUUCUACCAAGAAGAAACCAAAAAAUUAUUUCCGUCCCCAUUGCAACCAGCAGUGAGAGUGAACAGUCAAGUCCUGUCUCAGAAGAAUACACGGAAGUUCUACCAAGAAGAAACCAAAAAAAUAUUUCUGUCCCCGUUGCAACCAGCAGUGAGAAUGAUGUUUGGGAGUACAAGAAUGAAGCAGAACCAUCAAAAGUCUUGUUGGACAGAGCCAAGGGGAUACACAACCUGAGGAAUCCAAGUAGACCAAAUAUGCAGGAGGGAAAAAAGAGACAGAAGCAGGAGGAUCCGUCGCAAGGCUAUCAACGGGAUACUUUUAAAGGAACAAAUGACAAAUGUGGGGAAGGUUUCGCUCUUAAUGAACAACUAAGAAUCCAAAGAGAGACUCAUGAUAAAUGUCUGGAAUGUGGGAAGUGCUUCUUUCGGAGAUCAUGCCUUGGCCGACAUCAAAGAAUACACACGGGGGAGAAACCACACAGUUGCCCAGACUGUGGCAAGAGCUUUGCUCAUAAAUCGAGUCUUAUUCAACAUCUAAGAAUUCACACAGGAGAGAAACCAUAUCAUUGCUUAGAGUGUGGGAAGAGGUUCAGUCAGAGUGCAUAUCUUAGUCAACAUCAAAGAAUUCACACAGGGGAGAAGCCAUACAGCUGCUCAGGCUGCAGUAAGAGCUUCUCUGAUAAAUCAAGCCUCAUUCAACAUCUAAGAAUUCACACAGGAGAGAAACCAUUCAAAUGCAUGGAGUGUGGGAAAAGCUUUGGACAGAGCAACUAUCUUAAUCGACAUCAAAGGAUUCACACAGGAGAGAAACCACAUAGCUGCUCGGAUUGCGGCAAGACUUUCUCUGAUAAAUCAAGUCUUGUUCAACAUCUAAGAAUUCACACUGGAGAGAAACCAUUUAAAUGUCUCGAGUGCGGAAAGAGCUUCUGUCAGAAGGCACACCUUCAUCAACAUCAAACAGUCCAUACAGGGGAGAAACCGCAUGGCUGCUCAGUGUGUGGAAAGAGCUUUUCGGUUAAAUUCAGUCUUCUUCGACAUCAAAGAAUUCACACUGGGGAGAAACCAUUUAAAUGUUUGGAGUGUGGAAUGAGCUUCCGUCAGAGCACCUAUCUUAGACAACAUCAAAGAAUCCACACAGGAGAGAAACCACAUGGUUGUUCGGAGUGUGACAAAAGCUUCUCCCAUAAAUCAAGCCUUAUUCAGCAUCUACAAAUCCACACAGGGCAGAAACCAUAUAAAUGCUUUGAAUGUGGAAGAAGCUUCAGCCAGAGGACAUGCCUUAGUCAGCAUCAAAGGAUCCACACAGGGCAGAAACCAUAUAAAUGCUUUGAAUGUGGAAGAAGCUUCAGCCAGAGGACAUGCCUUAGUCAGCAUCAAAGGAUCCACACAGGGGAGAAACCAUAUAGCUGCUCAGAGUGUGGCAAGACCUUCUCCCACAAAUCAAGCCUUAUUCAGCAUUUAAGAAUUCACACGGGGGAAAAACCAUUUAAAUGUGAAGAAUGUGGGAAACACUUUGCCACUAGCUCUCACCUUAUCAAUCAUAAAAGGGUCCACACAGGAGAAAAACCUUAUAAAUGCCUGAGUUGUGGGAAAAGCUUCACAGAGAGAGGAAACCUCCUUAAGCACCAGAGGACCCACACAGGAGAGAAACCAUACGAAUGCUCUGAUUGUGGCAAGGCCUUCGGCAUCAGCUCCCAGCUUAUCAGCCAUAAAAGGGUCCACACGGGAGAGAAACCGUACGAGUGCUUGGACUGUGGAAAAAGCUUUUGCACCAGCUCUCAGCUAGUCCGCCAUAACCGAGUGCACACAGGGGAGAAACCAUAUGAAUGCGCUGAGUGUGGGAAAACCUUCAGUCAGAGGUCAUACCUUGUUGGUCAUGAGAGAACCCACACUGGAGAGAAGCCAUUUAAAUGCUCGCAGUGUGGGAAGUGGUUUUCUCAUCGCUCGGACCGCCUGAGGCAUGAGAAAAUCCACACAGGUGAGAAACCACACAAGUGCUUGGACUGCGGGAAAGGGUUCAACCAGAAAGGGUCCCUCAUCACACACCAGAGGACGCAUACAGGAGAGAAGCCGUACGAGUGUUCCGAGUGUGGGAAAAGCUUCAAUGACAGGGGCUAUCUCAUCACACACAGGAGAACUCACACGGGCGAAAAGCCCUAUGAAUGCACAGAUUGCGGGAAAAGCUUCAGUAGAACGUCGCAUCUUACGGCACAUAAAAAAACCCAUAUAGGGGAGAGAUCAUAGAAUUACCUGGGAUCUCAAAUUUCCCCAUAAACUCAAUUUCAGCAGAAGCGAGAAUACAGGGAUUCUCAGAAAGAUGGGGAGACUGUGGACUUCAAACGUCAGAUAAUGGGGAAAGUUUUAUCUGGAGCUGAAAAUAAGCACGAGCAUCAGACAAUCACACAGGAACUAAAAACCUGGGAAGCAGUACUCAUGUCUGGUAAACACACCCUGUAAGGGGGUAUUAGAAUAUCUGAACUGGACACAGGACUUUUGGUAUACUCACCACCAGAAAAACCAGCUAGGUCAGAGGGGCCGUGUGGUCCAGUGUCCCGUUUCCAGUGGGGGACAGGCAGAGACCUCCACGCGAAGCGUGAUGGCAAUAGCUCAGUUGUCCCUCCCCAGCUGUUGGUAUUGAGGUACACUGCCUCUGAACAUGCAGGUUCCAUUUGACUAGUUCUCUUCUCUACGAAUGUGUCUAAGCCCAUUUUGAAGCUAUGCACCCUUACUCCAUGUGGCAGUCAAUUCGUAAGUUGUGUGUUGUGUGAAGAAUUUCCUUUUGUUUGUUCUGAAUUUACUGCUAAUUUCAUUGACCCGAGUGCUGGGGAGGAAAAAGGGGAGCGGAUUCUUUUUCUUCCCACGUCAUGUCCCUCCGGCAGCCCCCCUUUUUUCCCUCUAAACUAAAAUGGUCCAAGCUCUGUAGCCGUUCCCCCUGUAGCCUUUCCAUUCUAUUGCACUUUUCCAGCUCCCCAGUAAUUUUUUUGAGAUGCAGCAACCAGAACCAGCUCGCUAUAUAAUUCUUGUUAAAUAAAUAAAAACUGUACCCAGUAUUCCAAGUGUGGCCACACCAUCUUGGCAAGGGCAUUUUGAUACCAGCCAUUUUUUAAAAAUCCAGUUCCUAGUGUUGAAUCCACUGCAUUACUAGGCUCUUUCAUAGGUAGCCUAUUGAUGGUUAUGGUUUUUGUUGUCACAAUGUGACUUUACACUCAUUUGUCCCCCCUCAGUUUGAAGAGAUUAAGGAGAUUUCAAUAAGAAGGUUGCUUAUUGGCAGUUAAAAAAUCUAACAGACUGGUGAGGCAGAACUUCAUUUGCGGAAGCUCUGGUCAUUCUUCCUUCACAAGGCUUCUUUUUCUUUAUGCUGUUUUACCUAAAAUAAGUAUUUCCAUCAGUAUAUUUGACACAGAUGUUAGGGUGCUGGGCCUGUCAUUAACUCUGAGCUCCAAGCUGUUGGAAAGGUAGGAUAUUCUUUGCAGAUUCUCCUUCAGCAAGCCUUGUUCUGUUUAAACCCAUCAAGCUUGACUAGUGCUUUUAACCUGUUUUCUUGCCUCCGCAUUAAUCUAGCAGCUCUGUCAUUUCUUAAAUUUGCCCAUCAUAGAUCCUUUAAAAACACUGGCUGCCUUCUGGACUGCUGCUAAGGAGUCUGAUGUUUUUUUUUAAAAUCACUUGCAUUUUCUUUUUAUGGAAAUGGUCAGGAAUUUUACGAACUUUCAGACACAAUGACGUGAAAAUAAUGAUCCCAGUGACAUAUUAAUUUUAGCCAUCUCUAAAACUCCAUUCUUUUUUCUAUUUGACACAUUCCCUGGAUGCCAUCCCUGACCACAAGGGCUCCCAUAAGGGCUCCUCCCAACAUUUUCUGUAUUGUGAAAGCAGAUGCCUCAGCAGUUUUGGCGAAGCUGCUGAAGUCGCGAGAUGUAAAAGACAUACAGGAAGGUUGAUGUCAUUGGGAGCAUUAGGAGAGACUUUCUAGCAAAGGGCCAGAGCAGUUUGAAUCUACGGGCUGUGUGCUGUCCCUUGCCAGAGGUCUCCAGGCAGAAGCUAGAUGGCUCUUACUGGAGAUUUGCUAACCUCAGAUUUCCUGUGGUAAAAGGGCGGCUGCACUAGGUGGCCUCUACGUCCCCUUUAAUUCUAGGGUUUUCUAAUCCAUCACGAUUUCUACCUUUUAAUUUGCUCUACUUGAGAAAAUGAAGUUGAGGAAUAGGGCUGGAAAGAACCCAGAGUCUUGUCCGGACAUGUGAAAAUCUGAAAAUUUCCUUUCUAGUACUGAUAAUUUGGCUGGCUGCCAUAGGGUAAGUUCCUUUCAGUUUCUUGGCAGUGGUUGCUUGAUAUAAGUUUGUUAGUCCAAACAGAUCUACUUUGUGUUUGAGUUCAGCUGGAAUUAUCUGUCCAGGGAUGUUGGCAUGGAAUGCUUGAGAAAUAAAUAUAAAAAUUAAA